AUGAGGCUUCAACACCCAAAUAUUGUGCGAUUUCGGGGCUACUGCCAUGAAACAGUGUGGUUAUAUACAGAAUUCGAAGGGCAAACAGUUUUUGCUGAGAUCUCAGAAAUGUUGCUUUGCUUUGAGUAUCUCCCUAAAGGAAGCCUUGAUGUGCAUCUUUCAGGUGGAUCCUCUGAAUUUGAUUGGCACACGCGCUACAAAAUAAUCGAGGGGAUUUGCAAUGGCUUACACUAUCUUCACGACCAAAUUGAUAAGUCUAUUCUUCACUUGGACCUAAAGCCCGCGAACAUAUUGCUUGAUGACAAUUUGGCACCCAAAAUUACAGAUUUUGGGCUGUCAAGACAGUUUGAUCAGCGUCAAACUAUGUCCUCUCCAAAUCGUGUUGGUACAUUAGGCUACAUGGCUCCGGAACGCAUCGAUGAAGGCAUAAUCACACCUAAGUCAGACAUAUUCAGUUUGGGUGUGAUAAUAAUGGAGAUAAUAACGGGACACAGGCACUACCCAGGUGUUUCUGGAACAUCUUCCGAGGACUUUAUUGAGCUUGAACUUAAAAAAUGGAGAAACACAUUGGAGAAAGCACAGGGGUACACAAAUCUAGAAAUGGAUUGCGAACAGAUAAAAAGAUGCAUUCAGAUAGGUCUAAUCUGUGUGAAUCCUGAGUGGACCGAAAGGCCUACAACAACAAAAAUUAUCAAGAUGCUUCAAGGAUUGGAAAGUUUGGAUCGUAACAUUAGCGAUGAGGUAGAGUCAUCGGCAGAUCAGUUGAACUUGGCAAACGCUUCUUCCCGCGUUGUUCGGAUGUGCUGGAGAAGAUGA